GGAGGUGUGGCGGAAGUGGUUGGGGAAGGUGGAGACGGGGAGGGGGCGGUUCCCGUUCUACCGCGGAGCCGGAUGUUUGCCGACCUUUGACAGGCGUGGCGGAGAGAGCAGUGCCCGAGCGCGUUUUCUCUUCAGGUUCUACAGAACCUGAGGGACAGGCUUGGCCAUGGACCCGCUCUCAGAGCUGCAGGAUGACCUGACCUUAGAUGACACCAGCCAGGCUCUGAACCAGCUGAAGCUAACCUCCAUUGACGAGAAGAACUGGCCCUCAGACGAAAUGCCAGACUUUCCUAAGUCAGAUGACUCCAAAUGCAGCUCCCCGGAACCUGUCACACACCUGAAGUGGGAUGACCCUUUCUACGACAUCGCCCGGCACCAGAUUGUGGAGGUGGCAGGAGAUGACAAGUAUGGGCGGAAGAUCAUUGUAUUUAGUGCCUGUCGAAUGCCCCCUAGCCACCAGCUGGACCACAGCAAGCUCCUGGGGUACCUGAAGCACACCCUGGAUCAGUAUGUGGAGAGUGACUACACGCUCCUCUACCUGCACCAUGGCCUGACCAGCGACAACAAGCCCUCGCUUAGCUGGCUCCGGGAUGCCUACCGGGAGUUUGACCGCAAGUACAAGAAGAACAUCAAGGCCCUAUACAUCGUGCACCCCACCAUGUUCAUCAAGACCCUGCUUAUCCUCUUCAAACCCAUCAUCAGCUUCAAGUUUGGGCGAAAGAUCUUCUAUGUGAAUUACCUGAGCGAGCUGAGUGAGCACGUGAAGCUGGAGCAACUGGGGAUCCCUCGCCAAGUGCUCAAGUAUGAUGACUUCCUCAAAUCCACACAGAAGAGCCCGGCGACAGCCCCCAAGCCCAUGCCACCACGGCCGCCUCUGCCUAACCAGCAAUUUGGGGUCUCGUUGCAGCACCUCCAGGAGAAGAACCCAGAGCAGGAGCCCAUUCCACUUGUGCUCCGGGAGACCGUUGCUUACUUACACGCCCACGCUCUCACCACCGAGGGGAUUUUCAGGAGGUCAGCCAACACCCAGAUUGUGCGGGAAGUGCAGCAGAAAUAUAACAUGGGGCUGCCUGUGGAUUUUGACCAGUACAAUGAGGUGCACCUGCCAGCUGUCAUCCUCAAGACCUUCCUCCGGGAGCUUCCUGAGCCCCUGCUCACCUUUGACCUCUACCCCCACGUCGUGGGCUUCCUCAACAUUGAUGAGAGCCAGAGAGUGGAGGUGACGGUGCAGGUCCUCCAGACACUGCCUGAGGAGAACUACGAGGUGCUGCGUUUCCUGAUUGCCUUCCUGGUCCAGAUUUCUGCCCACAGUGACCAGAACAAGAUGACCAACACUAACCUGGCUGUGGUCUUCGGCCCUAACCUGCUGUGGGCCAGGGAUGCCGCCAUCACCCUCAAGGCUAUUAAUCCCAUCAAUACCUUCACCAAGUUCCUGCUGGAUCAUCAGGGGGAGUUGUUUGCUAGCCGAGACUCCAAGGGGCCACCAGCCCCCCAGUAUGGGGUCCUCCUCCUGGCAUCAGCCUUACAGGAGCCCGGGGCUCCUGUCCAGGAAGGAGCAGUGAAGCCCCCUGGGACAUAGAAGCUGGAGCCAGUGACCUGGCACUCCUUCCCUCUGUCCAGCCCACCUCAUGGCCCUGGAGGCCUUGCUAUUACCACAGACAUUUUUCUUCUUUGCCUUAUACUUCUCACUGCCUCCUGGAGCCCUGGCUCCCGCUGGGCUCUCCAGAAGAGCUGGGCUCAGCUCAUCCAGCUGGAGGAGGACUGAACCCCAGCAGCCCUUUUCCUGCUUUCUCCGGCCCUGUUUCCCUGGCAACUGUGGAUGAUUGAGUCACUGCCAGCUGGGCUGGUAACUGGGGCUGGCCCUCUAUUUCCAGAUUGCUGGGGAAUGGAAGGCUGAGCUCCUUGGCUUGGGCCUGGCCAGGCUGAGGCUCUUUCCUGUGUGGGUCUGUUGCCCUGGGCAUCAGAAUUUCCACAGCAAGAUGGCCUGGAAGCAAGGACCUUGGUCAUGUUCUCCCCUCUGCAGGCUUAGCCUUCGGUAUUUCCACAGCCAAGGAGUGACAGGGCUGGAGUCUGCUUCCUAUUUCUGCUACCUUUCACAUGUCCUGGGUUAGCCUUCUUCAAGUGGUACUGCCCCAGGGGUCCCAACCCCCUGGUUCUGCCAGGACUGGCAGCUUGGGCAACAGGGCUCAGAGGGAGGCCCAGCCAGUCCCAGCUUCCAUUCUAAAUACAUACAGACACCCCACUUCCACCUCCAGCAGCUUCUGGUCCAAUCAGUGACAAGCUCCCUUCCGACUUGGAUGGGUCCUCACCUACAGGCUUUGUGGACCUGUCUGUUGUGGAGUUAGACUGGUCCGUGCUCUGGCCAGAGGUGACUCAAUGCUUCUCCAUCCAGGUAGAGACUCCUGUGGGGACUAGAGUAGAGGCUUAGAGUGCCCAUGGAGGGGCAGAGGAGACUUUGCUAGUAGACCAGCCCCUGCCAGGCACGCUCUAGCAACCUCCCCCAGAGAGCAUGGGGCCCUGGGACCCUCCUGUCUUUCAUAAAACUUGGACCCCAAUCAUGAUUAAUAGCCCUCAUUCCAGCUGUGUCCCAUAGUAUUACACUCCUCCCUGGUGAACUCUGAGGACUCUUGUCCCUGGUAGCAAGGAAGUACCUGCUCAGUGGCCCUGUGCACACAUCCCUGGCCAGGCGGGGCAGCUCCAGAGCCUACCCCAUGGGGGUCCUCUGAGCAGCCCAGCCCAUCUGGAAGCCAGGUGGGGCCCGGGCCCUAGCUUUCCCCAGGUGACAGGUGUAUCAGGACUCCCAGGGCUUGGGAGUUGCUGCUGGUUGUGUGCCCGGUCCUGGGCCUGGACUGCUUUCUGCCCUCCCUUAUAUAUCGUGUUGCUCACAGCCCUAUUGAUGGGGAGCCUUUUGGAUCUCUUUGGUCUUUCUCCUGUCACCUGCCCCACUGGUCUGUACUUGGGGGCGCUUGUACUGUGGACUGAGUGUUCACAUUCAUACUUAAUGACUUCCCAGUCACCAAUCAUGUAUUUCACCGUUUGCACUUUUUGUAUUUCAAUAAAAAUGGAGAUGGAAAACUG